CCCUAGCAACACGGCAGUGCAGCCGUAAGCCGUUAGCUAGUUUGUCUGGAAACGUUAUUUGAAAAUUUCCUGAAAGAAGAACUAAACAAGCGGAGAUAAACAACUUAAAGCCGAUAAAUAUAUAGGAAGAAAACAAAUAUAUAACUAUGGCGGCUGUAUUUGGUUCUGAAGACAACGAGAAGUCCUUAUAUUUGGUACAAAUUCAGUAUCUGGAAGGGCAGUUGGAGAGAUGUCAGCUGAGAUGUGACGAGCUAGAGAAACAGCACAACGACCUCAUGUCUCGGUACAGUGGGUUGGAGAAGGACAAGAAAGAUGUCACUGAGCACCUGAAACGCUCUGUGGCUGCAAAACAGAAGAAGGUGGAGGAGGUGGUUGAGCAGCUGGAGAGUCAGAAACAGGCGGCCGAACAGGACAGAGAAGCUCUGCAGCUGCAGCACGACCAGCAGAUGCAGGAGCUGCAGGAACAACUGGAUGAACUUAACUUAAAGAUCAAGUUGCAGGCAACAAAGUUUGAGGAGCAGAAGGAGCAGCUGAUGCAGUUGGGGCAGCGGGUCCCUGAAGCUGAGUCUCUGGAGAAGCAGCUGGUCAGUCAGAAGGAAGAGCACGACGCCAUCAUCCACGGUCUGAGGAUGGACGCAGUGUUGGAGAGGGAAAGGGCAGUUGAGGAUACACAUACGAUGGUGGAGAUCUAUGUUGAGCAGGGCGUCUCAGAGAUUCUUCAGACGGAGAGGGCUCAGCACAGGGAACGCUUGGAGCAGGUCCAGUCCCUGCUGAGUGAGAAUGAGGCCCUACAGAGGGAGAAGAGUGUCCUGCUGGACAGACAGAGAGAGCUUCUUGACAAGACGGAUGAGCUGAAGGCCGAAUUCAACAAGGCUGAACAGGAGAGCUUCAUACACAAGAAGGAGGUGAAGCAGCUGAGGGAGAAGCACCAGCAGCUGACGGCGGAGCUAAAGGACUGGAGCACCACCCAGCAGAACAUCCUGGCCCAGAUAAAGUCUCUGAGACAGCGCUUGGCCUCAGUAUCUAAGGAGUGCUGUCAGAAAACAGCAGAGGCAGAUCGGCUGCAGACCGAGCUUCAGAAGGAGAGAAGCAGGAGCAGGCAGCUGGACGGCGUCAAGCAGGAAGCAGCCAUCAUCCUCAGACACAUUCUGAAGGGCCCACAGAAAUCAGCUGGGACUCAGUGGAAGAUGGAGAGGCUGCUGGAGAUCGUGGAGAGCACCGCCCCCAGGGGAACAGCCUCGGCCCUCGACGACCCCGCUGAGAGGAGCAGUCGAGGACACAAACCACAGACCUCUGGCCCCAAACCAGCCAGGAAACUCUGCAGUGAGACGACGUCCAGCUCCGUCGACCCGUCUGAAGCCUCCACAUCUGCAGACUGAACCACGUCCAGUCAACAGCCAGAGACGUGAGCCCUGAUUCAAGCUAAAGCUUUCAGUCACUUUAACUGUGUUUCUGUCCUGUCUGCUGAUCUGUUUGCGUAGAUUGGAACAUUUACAGAUACAGUAUUUUUUUGUUAUUAAUUUUCAAUUUUCAAUCAAUAGUUUAGUCUAUAAAAUGUCAGGGAAAGUGAAGAACUGCAUCCCAGGUUCUGAGAGCCUGAGCUCAGACGUCAAAAAGCCAAAUAUAUUAAAUUUACUGUGAGAAAAACAAAGAGAGGUCUCACAUUACAAAACUGUUAUUUCCCUGUUAAUUUUGAAUUUGUGUUUUUUGUUGUUUAAAGAAAUUAAAACUAAAUUAACAAAAAGUUGAAAAAUAUUUACAUUGAACUUUUAAACGAACAGUUUCAGCCCUGCUUAAUAACAGAACUGUUAUUUGCUAAUAUGAUAAGUCAUUAUUCAUUAAUUACUGUCCAUGGAUUAUUGACUGUAUGUCCCGUGAGCCUCAGAUUAGAGACACGUCAGGCAGAUAGAAAUGUGAUAAUCUCAGCGGUGUU